UAUCAUCAAAGAGGUUCAAUUCAUCAUUCUAUCAUCUGUCUUGCUUUUCUUUCUCUUAGCUCUUAGCCCUCUCUCCUUUCUCAGUAUUGCAAAGUUUCAUCCCUGUCUUUAAACCAGAUCCUUCAAAAUCCCCAAAUUCUUGCAGCAAAUAUCGUUUCCAUUUGAUAUUCUCCUCUUCUUUUUCUAUACCCUUAGAAACCCACCUCUCUUUUUUCGCUCCGCCUUUUUCUUUUCAGUUUCUCAAGGAAAUGCAGUUUCAUUAUUCUUGAACCCUCAUUUCAUUCACUGAUUAAUGGGUAUUGCUUAGAUUUCUCAGUGACCUCUUCCCUCGAUUCUACUUGUUAGAUACUAGUAGCCAGGUUGUAUUACACGGGUCUUUUUCAUAUUUUGGCUAUUGAUGAGCUUGAUUGUUAUGUGACAUGUUUAAUAAAAUUGAUGGAUCUGCAAGUUGCUGUGUUUUUCGAUAAGGGAACAGUUUUGGGUCGCUGUGGUUGGUGAAUUUAAUUGUAAAGGAGUAAGGGGUAUUAGUAUUUGAUUGGUGUAUUACUAGUGUUUAUUGGGACUGUUAAUCAUGGAUCAUGUUAUUGGUGGCAAGUAUAAGCUUGGAAGGAAGAUCGGUAGUGGAUCCUUUGGUGAACUUUAUUUGGGCAUAAACGUGCAAAGUGGAGACGAAGUGGCUGUUAAGUUGGAAUCUGCAAAGACAAAGCACCCUCAGCUUCACUAUGAGUCAAAGCUCUAUAUGCUUCUUCAAGGAGGAACGGGUAUUCCCCAUCUGAAAUGGUUUGGAGUCGAGGGUGAUCACAAUGUCAUGGUUAUUGACCUUCUUGGACCAAGCUUAGAAGACUUGUUUAAUUAUUGCAAUCGGAAAAUUUCCUUGAAAACGGUUUUGAUGCUUGCAGAUCAAUUAAUAAACAGAGUUGAAUAUAUGCACUCUCGAGGUUUUCUUCACCGUGAUAUAAAGCCUGACAACUUUUUAAUGGGGUUAGGGCGUAAAGCAAAUCAGGUCUAUAUCAUUGAUUAUGGCCUUGCAAAAAAAUACAAGGAUCUUCAAACACACAAACAUAUACCAUACAGGGAAAACAAAAAUCUCACAGGCACAGCUCGCUAUGCUAGUGUUAACACACAUCUUGGAGUUGAGCAAAGCAGAAGGGAUGAUCUGGAAUCUCUUGGUUAUGUGCUUAUGUAUUUUCUGAGAGGAAGCCUUCCCUGGCAAGGCUUGAAAGCUGGGACUAAAAAGCAGAAAUAUGACAAGAUCAGUGAAAAGAAGAUGCUUACUCCUAUAGAGUUGCUUUGCAAAAACUAUCCUUCAGAAUUCACAUCAUAUUUCCAUUAUUGCCGAUCAUUGCGAUUUGACGAUACACCAGAUUACUCGUAUCUUAAGAGGCUCUUUCGGGACUUAUUUAUUCGAGAAGGGUAUCAGUUUGACUAUGUAUUUGACUGGACUAUAUUAAAGUAUCCCCAGAUUGGCUCCAGUUCUAGAGCAAGGACAAGCAGCAAACCAGCUAUAAAUCCAGGUCCAUCAGCAGAAAGAGUGGAACGACCGUCAGUGGGCCAGGAGAUACGAGAUAGAUUCUCAGGUGCAGUUGAGGCAUUUGCUCGAAGAAAUGGUUCUGGGCAUGCUUUGCAUGGGGAUCACUCCCGACACAGGUCUACAGAUGAUGUGCCAUCAUCUAAGGCUGUGCAUACUGGUUCUGAAAGGCACCGACCAUCUUCUCGAAAUGGUAGUACUUCAAAGAGGGCUGUCGUAUCAAGCAGCCGGCCAAGCUCAUCUGGUGAGCUUAGUGAGAAUCGGUCAACACGGUUGCUCUCAAGCAGUGGUCGAUUGUCCACGACCCAUAGAGUGCAACCUGGGUUUGAGUCGAAAUCAUCUUCAUUUACUCGUGCUACAGCCACAAGAGGCGGUCGUGAUGAUACACUUGGGAGCUUUGAGCUUCUGUCCAUUGGCACAGGAAAAAGGAAAUAAGCAAUAUAUUCGUUUCUGGUAAGAAAUGUUAUCUUGUGUUAGGGAUCAUACCUCCUCAUGUAGCCAAGAUCAGAGGAUUACAGUGGUGUGUUAGCAGUUACUUUGUAUAUGUUUUCUUAUUGUUGGAUUCAACUCAAGGCAAAAAGCUCCUCGAAGUUUCUCAUGGAAAGACUCCUGGACCCCUCUGCUUUAUCUCCUCAGGGAUUCUUGCAAUUACAAGACUCAGUGGACUUGUCCUAGAAGGACGUGCAUCAUUUCACGUUAGGGAAUUGUUUACAUGUAAGACACUAGUCACUUUGUAAUAAAUAUAACUCCUGUAUUUUUCUUUUUCCCAAGGAAAAGAAAACUUAAAUUAAAAGACUUAAUAGUCUGGUUUCUUCUCUGUUA